GCAGGCCGGCCGGCGGGCGGCCGCUCUCGGGUCCGCCUCCGACUGCGGCGCGGCGGGGCGAUGUGAGUGCCAUGGCGAGGAGUCUCUGCGCGGGGGCCUGGUUGAGGAAACCCCAUUACCUCCAGGCUCGUCUCUCAUAUGUGCGAGUGAAGUAUCUUUUCUUUUCCUGGUUGGUGGUUUUUGUUGGAAGCUGGAUCAUAUAUGUGCAGUAUUCAUCCUAUACGGAGCUAUGCAGAGGGAAGGACUGUAAGAAAAUCAUAUGUGACAAAUACAAGACUGGAGUUAUUGAUGGACCUGCAUGCAGUAGCCUCUGUGUCACAGAAACACUGUACUUUGGGAAAUGUUUAUCCACCAAGCCCAACAACCAGAUGUAUUUAGGGAUUUGGGAUAAUCUACCAGGGGUUGUGAAAUGUCAAAUGGAACAAGCUCUUCAUCUUGAUUUUGGAACUGAACUGGAGCCAAGGAAAGAAAUAGUGCUAUUUGAUAAACCAACCAGGGGAACUACUGUACAGAAAUUCAAAGAAAUGGUCUACAGUCUCUUUAAGGCAAAAUUAGGUGAUCAAGGAAACCUCUCUGAAUUGGUUAACCUCAUCCUGACAGUGGCCGAUGGAGACAGAGAUGGCCAGGUCUCCUUAGGAGAAGCCAAGUCAGCAUGGGCACUUCUCCAGUUGAAUGAGUUUCUUCUGAUGGUGAUACUUCAAGAUAAAGAACAUACCCCCAAACUAAUGGGAUUCUGUGGUGACCUCUACGUGAUGGAAAGUGUUGAAUAUACCUCUCUCUAUGGAAUAAGUCUUCCAUGGGUCAUUGAACUCUUUAUUCCGUCUGGGUUCAGAAGGAGCAUGGACCAGUUGUUCACACCAUCAUGGCCCAGAAAAGCCAAGAUAGCCAUAGGACUUCUAGAAUUUGUGGAGGAUGUUUUCCAUGGCCCAUACGGAAACUUCCUCAUGUGUGACACUAGUGCCAAAAACCUAGGAUAUAAUGAGAAAUAUGAUUUGAAGAUGGUGGAUAUGAGAAAAAUUGUGCCAGAGAUAAACUUAAAGGAACUUAUUAAGGAUCGCCACUGUGAGUCUGACCUGGACUGUGUCUACGGUACAGACUGUAGAACUAGCUGUGACCAGAGCACAAUGAAGUGCACUUCAGAAGUAAUACAACCAAACUUGGCAAAAGCAUGUCAGCUACUCAAAGACUACUUACUGCAUGGUGCUCCAAGUGAAAUCCGGGAAGAACUGGAAAAACAGCUGUAUGCUUGUAUUGCUCUUAAAGUCACAGCAAAUCAAAUGGAAAUGGAACACUCUUUGAUAUUAAAUAACCUAAAAACAUUAUUGUGGAAGAAAAUUUCCUACACAAAUGACUCGUAGUUAUUUGGACAGCAUUGCCAUCUUUGAGAAAUACAUAUGAUUUUAAGAGCAUUUAAAAGAAUGGCUUUUGCCUUGUGGGCCUAUGAAGCUAUCUAAAUGUGCUGUGACAGUAAUGGCAUGUGUAGGGCCAAGAGAUGUCUAAAACUCAUUCCUGCCCGGUUAUAAGUUCACAAGUACAUUCACUGUUAACUAUUGACUGACUUAAAGAUAAAUUAAUGCUGUGAAAAGCCUCAUUCCAUAAACAGUGAGUGCUCUGUAGACCUGUUAGCAAAUCCCAUUGCUGGACACAUUGUUUGCAUUGAAGCUGCUGUCUAAACAAGGAAAUUUAUGUAUGAAUUUACUAAUGUUAUAGCAUGGUAAAACUUUGCACAUUAACACAAAUUAAAGACACCACAUAGGUAAAUUAAAAUGACUCCUUUUAUUAAAA